AAUUUUAUACCUGAUUCCUGAACCUCAGAACCUGAUACGGUGAGGUGAGCUUGCUGCCUUGCUUGAGCCUUGAGCUGUUGUCUGUUGAGCGAACAGUGGAGACUGGAGACUAGAGAGAGGCGGAGAGCAGAGACUAGAGAGAAAGGAGGAGAGGACAGUGGUGAGGAUAAUAGGGAAAAAUGUCUAAGUCUUGCAAAGGCCUAGCAGGGGAGCUUGUGAAAUGCCUCAGUGAAUCUGAUUGCGUGAAGGUUCAGAAUCGAUCAUUUAGGGAAUGUGCUGGAGAGAAGAGCCCGGCAAUUUCAACGGAGUGUGUGGGACUUAGGGAAACAUAUUUAUUUUGCAAGAGAGGCCAGGUUGACAUGAGAUCUAGGAUUCGCGGAAAUAAGGGCUACUAAAUUGUGGGCAUGGUCUUUUGAUUCAUGAAAAUAAGGGCUGCUGAAUGGUGUGCAUACUCUUUUCCAAAUUGUGAAGAGACAAAUAAGUAAACACCUGAUGCUCUUGCACGUUUGAACAAAGAGCCUGUGGCACCUAGGCAUGCAACUUUUUUUUUGCUGAAUAAAUUAUGUUUGCAAUUGGUUGAGAACUAUUUGAACUGUCAUAAGAUGGAUGUGGAAAGUAUCAGAUGCCAUGUGGUGUGAUUUUGGUUGCAAUUCCAGUAAAUAGACUAGAAUUUGUAAGACAUGAAAUGGCUCAAGAACUAUUUUAUUUGUUUUGUAUAGUAUGA